AUGAGGCUCCGCAAUGGCCCCUUCCUGACGCUGCUGCUCCUCUGCCUGUGCGCCCUCCUCUCGCUGUCCUGGUACGCGGCCCUCGGCGGCCAGAAAGGUGACGUGGUGGACGUGUACCAGCGCGAGUUCCUGGCUCUGCGCGACCGGCUGCACGCCGCCGAGCAGGAGAGCCUCAAGCGCUCCAAGGAGCUCAACCUGGUGCUGGACGAGAUCAAGAGGGCCGUGUCCGAGAGGCAGGCGCUGCGGGACCGCGACGGCAACCGCACGUGGGGCAGGCUCACCGAGGACCCGCGCCUGAAGCCGUGGAACGCCUCGCAGAAACAUGUGCUGCACUUGCCUUCGGUCUUCCACCACCUGCCGCACCUGCUGGCCAAGGAGAGCAGCCUGCAGCCGGCCGUGCGCCUGGGCCAGGGCCGCACCGGAGUGUCGGUGGUGAUGGGCAUUCCCAGCGUGCGGCGCGAGGUCCACUCCUACCUGACGGACACGCUGCACUCGCUCAUCUCGGAACUGAGCCCGCAGGAGAAGGAGGACUCGGUCAUCGUGGUGCUGAUUGCCGAGACUGACCCGCAGUACACCGCGGCGGUGACGGAGAACAUCAAGGCCUUGUUCCCCACAGAGAUCCAUUCCGGGCUCCUGGAGGUCAUCGCCCCUUCCCCACACUUCUACCCUGACUUCUCCCGGCUCCGCGAGUCCUUUGGGGACCCCAAGGAGAGAGUCAGGUGGAGGACCAAACAGAACCUCGAUUACUGCUUCCUCAUGAUGUACGCGCAGUCCAAAGGCAUCUACUACGUCCAGCUGGAGGACGACAUCGUGGCCAAGCCCAACUACCUGAGCACCAUGAAGGACUUCGCUCUGCAGCAGCCGUCAGAGGACUGGAUGAUCCUGGAGUUCUCCCAGCUGGGCUUCAUUGGGAAGAUGUUCAAGUCACUGGACCUGAGCCUGAUUGUGGAGUUCAUCCUCAUGUUCUACCGGGACAAGCCCAUCGACUGGCUCCUGGACCACAUUCUGUGGGUGAAGGUCUGCAACCCGGAGAAGGACGCGAAGCACUGUGACCGGCAGAAGGCCAACCUCCGCAUCCGCUUCAAGCCGUCCCUCUUCCAGCACGUGGGCACGCACUCCUCGCUGGCGGGCAAGAUUCAGAAGCUGAAGGACAAGGACUUUGGGAAGCAGGCGCUUCGGAAGGAGCACAUGAACCCCCCGGCCGAAGUGAGCACGAGCCUCAAAACGUACCAGCACUUCACCCUGGAGAAGGCCUACCUGCGCGAGGACUUCUUCUGGGCCUUCACGCCCGCCGCCGGGGACUUCAUCCGCUUCCGCUUCUUCCAGCCGCUGCGCCUGGAGCGGUUCUUCUUCCGCAGCGGGAACAUUGAGCACCCGGAGGACAAGCUCUUCAACACGUCCGUGGAGGUGCUGCCCUUCGACAACCCCCAGUCAGACAAGGAGGCCCUGCAGGAGGGCCGCUCAACCACCCUCCGGUACCCGCGGAGCCCCGAUGGCUACCUCCAGAUAGGCUCCUUCUCCAAAGGCGUGGCCGAGGGCGAGGUGGACCCAGCCUUCGGGCCCCUGGAAGCACUGCGCCUCUCCAUCCAGACAGACUCGCCCGUGUGGGUCAUUCUGAGCGAGAUCUUCCUGAAGAAGGCGGACUGA